UCCCUCCCUAAAGGUCUGCUUGAAAGAGUUCUUGUUGCAGAAGAGCUAAGUUGAGCAAUUUUCUCUUCUUUACCUCCUUGACAUUCUCGGAGACGUAUUCCUCUCUGCCUCCCUCUCGCUCUCUUGCUCUCUUGUGAAUUUUAUCAAGAUGAACAAGUACCUUCUCCUGGGCUUUUCUGUUCUGGCCUUCUGCACAGUCGCCCAAGGUCUGAUGUGCAAAGUCUGCAAAUUCAAAGUCGGCAAACUCUGUUUCAAGUCUGAUGAGCCCUGCCAGGCAAAAGAAGACCAACAGUGUGAGACAACCAAAGUGUAUACAGGUAGCUUAAUGCUGUUCACAAAACAUGACUGCAACAAAGUGCCCAAUCUCUGCAACAAGACCGAGCAGAGGGACGAUGUCUUCGACAUGAGCUACAACCGCACAUGCUGCAGUCAGGACUUCUGCAACGGGGGAGUUGCCAACAUUCCCAGCCUUCCACUCUUCACUGGCCUCAGCUUGGCAGUGGGGUGGUGGCUAGCGCAUUAACACUGAGGACUGACAGAGAUGCUCUUCCUAAGAGGCAACUGCAGAGUCUUUUCUCCCAUCCCCUUGACCUUUGAUCCUGCCCUGAGUGUGUGUGUCCAGAUUGUAGCCCCUCAUUUCCUCACACAUAUGGACUCCAAAGCCUCCUAUAUCAGUGGUGGCCUUUCUUACAAGCUUGAGCAACUUGUGGACCCUCCAAGUCAAACAUAGCCCACUCACCAUCUAUGUGGACCACCAGAAGCUCAAUAAAACUCAUUUUCCCUGGGAAGCCAUGGCAAGCACCCACAAUGCCUAGCUGCAGCCAACUUUUAUAACAUUCAGUGUGCUGUCCAUGGUGCUGAACCUAUUCAGUUCAGCGUCUUGGACAGCCCCUUCAAAGCUUGGACUAAAAGCCCAGAGCAGAUUUCCACUGCCCAGCUGACAUGGAGCCACAGCCACUGGCUUCUGGGCUGUGUUUGGCUUGCCAGAUCACAGGAAAGAAAGGCCUUGUCUACUGUGCAUAUUGUGGUGGUAAACAUUUUUUUCAGACCAAGGGCCAUGUUCUCUUCUGGGGGCAACCUGCCAGCAGUGGGCGGGAUCAGAGGCAAAAGUGGGCGGAGCCACAAAUGUACACGUGAACUUGGCACAGGAGGCUAGUUUCUACUCUCUCACACACACGUCUCUAUUCUCCAGCCAGGCAAGCAGAGUUCAAGGUUGCAUUCCAGGCAGGGGUGUAAAGGAGACCAGUGAGGGGUGCGUCCUGUAGAGAGGGGUUAUAGAGAGGCCUGAAGGGAUGCAUUUGAUGUGAUGUUCCCCACCCCUGAUGUGCAUUAAAGCAUAUUUUGUACUCUCA